CCCAGCGAGCCAUCAGCUGGAAGGGUGGACAAGAGAGGUGUUAGGGGAACAAACAAAAUAAAGCCUCCCUUCAGCCCUUUGGAAACAAACCGUACUAGUUUCAAGCCCCGAGGAGCAGUAUUAUUCUUUGGGAGAUAUAUGACACAUCCUAUUUUUGGAGAGGGCUCUGUGCGGGCACCGGAGACUAAGAGUCAUUGCUGGUUGUAAUCCCACAUAGUUCUGAGGACUGCAGAGGUCUGUAGGAUAGGGCACUGGCCCCUCAGAGCAUCGCCUAAUGCGAUCUACAUGGAUUGCAGCUUUUAAGUUUCAUAGGUUCUAGAAUUACAAAUUAGCUAAUUUUAAUCAAAACAUGUGAAAUGUUAUCCUGGCUGGAUAUAAAGGCUGACUGUGCUGGAUCCUCUGGGUUUGUUUUGUUUACUUUGGCUGCAGGCACACUCAGCGGUUUGGGAGAUAGUUGUUCUUCUACAGUAUAACAGAUGUUUGUCUGAAAGGGUGAGGAAGAAACAAAAACAACAUUGUGUGAAGGAGAAAAAUUACACAAUUUUUCAGCUAAUGCUUUGGUAUUAAGCACUGGUGUCAAGUUUUGCAUAGAGGGUUUCUCUUUUUUUCAGUCGUGGGUAGCUGCUUAAGGUUAGAAACCUCAGGAUUUCAGCACAGAAAUUCAAGGCAGGUAGAGGCAGCGUUUUGAACCGGUGUGAUUUCUGGUCAAGGGUGAGAUAAGCUGGUGGCAGAACCUUUUGCAAAAGGCAGGUCACCUUUCAGUGCAAACUAUGUUAUGUAUGCUCUGCAUUCUCAGUAGGACAGUUGCCUGCUAUCUCCCAAGAAGGGGAAAGAGAGAGAGGGAGGGAGGGAGGAAAAAAGAAGUUGAAUUUUUGCCUGGUUGAACAAGUUAAAAUCCUGUGGCGAUCAGUUACUCUUUUGCUUCACUGAGGAAUUAAGAUGUCUACUUGUUCCUCAUAAACCUGAGGGAUGCAAAUAAUGUAACACAUUGGUUACACUGUGCAAAAUGUUUGCAGCCGAAUGACAGAGGCCGCACAAUGUGCCCUUGUGUAGGUUCAUAUCUGUAAUGUUCAAACAGGCUGACUGUUUCUCUUCAUCUGAACUGCUUUCAUCUGGACCAGUGUAAAAUAAGCUCUGAACUUCGCAGAAAACACUAUGAAUGAGCUCCUUGGCUGGUAUGGUUAUGAUAAGGUUGAAUUGAAAGAUGGAGAAGAUAUUGAAUUCAGGAACUACUCGGCAGAUGGGGAAAGCCGCCAGCACAUUUCUGUUCUCAAAGAAAAUUCUUUGCCAAAACCAAAAUUACCUGAGGACAGUGUUAUUUCACCCUACAAUAUAAACCCAAGCUACCCAGGGCUUGCCACAGGAAAUGGACUUUCAGACUCACCAGCAGGGUCAAAGGAUCACGGGAAUGUACCUAUUAUUGUCCCAUUAAUUCCAACACCUUUCAUAAAGCCACCAGCAGAAGAUGAUGUGUCAAAUGUACAAAUAAUGUGUGCCUGGUGCCAGAAAGUUGGAAUCAAGCGUUAUUCCCUGAGUAUGGGAAGCGAAGUGAAAUGCUUCUGCAGUGAGAAGUGCUUUGCAGCUUGCCGAAGAGCAUAUUUCAAGAGAAACAAGGCUAGAGAUGAAGAUGGACAUGCUGAAAAUUUUCCCCAGCAGCACUAUGCUAAGGAAACUCCAAGACUUGCCUUCAAGAAUAACUGCGAACUACUUGUAUGUGACUGGUGUAAGCACAUAAGACACACAAAAGAGUAUCUGGAUUUUGGGGACGGGGAAAGAAGGCUUCAGUUCUGCAGUGCAAAAUGUCUCAAUCAGUACAAAAUGGACAUUUUCUACAAAGAGACACAGGCCAAUCUUCCAGCUGGACUGUGCAGUACAUUACAUCCUCCAGUCGAAAAUAAAGCAGAAGGCACUGGGGUGCAGCUGCUGACUCCAGAUUCUUGGAAUAUACCGCUAGCAGAUGCUCGGAGAAAAGCCCCAUCCCCAGCGUCUGCAGCUGGCCAAAUUCAAGGUCCUGGACCGUCAGCGUCUACCACUGCCUCUCCGUCUGACACUGCCAACUGCUCUGUCACUAAAAUCCCCACACCAGUUCCCAAACCUAUUCCCAUCAGUGAGAAUCCAAAUAUUCCGCCGGUUUCUGUCCAGCCACCUGCUAGCAUUGUGCCUCCAAUUGGUGUCCCACCUCGCAGUCCUCCCAUGGUGAUGACAAACCGUGGACCAGUUCCUCUGCCCAUAUUCAUGGAGCAGCAAAUCAUGCAGCAAAUCCGUCCACCCUUUAUUCGUGGGCCGCCUCACCAUGCCUCAAACCCUAACAGCCCUCUGUCAAAUCCAAUGAUUCCUGGAAUCGGUCCCCCACCAGGUGGUCCCCGAAAUAUGGGUCCCACCUCUAGCCCCAUGCACAGGCCGAUGCUUUCCCCUCACAUCCACCCCCCCACGACCCCUACCAUGCCUGGGAAUCCUCCCGGAUUGCUGCCACCUCCCCCUCCCGGAGCUCCUUUGCCCAGUCUUCCCUUCCCCCCCGUCAGCAUGAUGCCAAAUGGUCCUAUGCCUAUGCCACAGAUGAUGAACUUCGGAUUGCCAUCCCUUGCCCCACUGGUGCCACCCCCAACUCUACUAGUGCCAUAUCCUGUCAUUGUCCCUUUGCCCGUCCCCAUCCCCAUUCCCAUCCCCAUCCCUCACAUCAACGACUCCAAACCCCCCAACGGCUUCUCCAGCAACGGCGAAAGCUUCAUUCCGAGUACCUCCAGCGAGACGCCUGGGGCAAAGCCAACCAAUAGCUCUUCAUCCCCUCGAGAGUCGAAGCAAGGAUCGUCCAAGUCCUCCGACUCGUCACCGAGCUGCUCAGGCCAGUCCCUAAAUCAAGCUCAAGUGCUUCAGGAGCACAGUAAAAAUGAAGUCGUUGACUUGACUGUCAGACCUAGCAGCCCGGUGAACAGUAAAUUUGGGUUCCCCAGCGUGCUACAGGGUCCGCAGGACGGUGUGAUAGACCUCACGGUAGGGCACCGCUCUAGGCUGCACAAUGUCAUCCACAGGGCUUUACACGCCCAAGUGAAAGUGGAACGUGAACCUAACAGUGUUGUCAAUUUGGCUUUUGGUAGCUCAGACAAAAGGAACUGCAGCGACUGCAGGGACAACUGCAGCCCGGUUGACUCCAAACCGUUACCCUGCAGUGACGGCACCCACUGCUGCCCUGCCUCCUUGUCCUCCGGCACGCCGGGGCUGGAAGCCGGCGCCGCGGUGUGCAACGUCAUCGUCAACGGCACCAAGAGCACCGAGGGGCCCAAGAACCCCGAGCCGCCCCAGGAGCUGAAAAAGCCUCAGCCCCCGGAGGAGCUGGCGGUGAGCGAGCUGGAGUCCGUCAAGGAGAACAACUGCGCCUCCAACUGCCACCUGGAGGGAGACGCCGGCAAGAAGGCCGGGGAGGAGCCCCUGGCUGGGGGAGACAAACAGGACCCCAACCUCAACAACCCGGCGGACGAGGACCACGCCUACGCUCUGCGGAUGCUGCCCAAGACAGGCUGCGUGAUCCAGCCUGUGCCAAAGCCAGCAGACAAGACUGCCAUGGCGCCGUGCAUUAUCUCAGCGCCCAUCCUCAGCACAGGGCCAGAGGAGCUGGAGCCACCGCUGAAAAGGAGGUGUCUCCGAAUUCGAAAUCAGAAUAAGUAAAGGAACACUCACAGACAGGGUACCUUGCAUGGAGAAAGGGAGCAGAGCAAUCCACACCACUCCACUGAAUGACACCAGCUGGUCCUCACCACCCCUCUGGCUAAAAGUCCAGCAAAGACAGCAGCUUCCCAUCACGAAGCCCCUCCGAGGAAGCCUCGGUCCCACGGGUGCCUUUGACCCAGAAGACAGCACAUCAUGGACCCACACAGUGUGCUCAGCAUUCCUGCAACCACCCCUUUGCUCCUCCAAGGGACAGUUUUUUUUUCCUCUUGGUUUCUUGCUGGGG